CUAACUGAGGUAUAGAGAGAGAAAGAGCGUCGCUGAGACGUAACAAGAGAGAAAGAGCGUCGCUGAGACACGUCGCUGAGACGCAACACGUGUCUUAUAAAUAAUAGAGGAUAACGUUGAAAAGACGUUUAACGAGAUUUAACGGCUACACGAUGCCUAUAAAAUUCAUCGGUCGCUCGACAGAUUUUAAAGGGAAAACCUUAUGGGAGAUUUUGGGAAAUUUGAGAAACUUCGGCGUCGGAAGACUCGUGAUAAGAAAUCGUUUCCAAAGAUAUCCCGAAGCCUGUUAUAUGAAGAUACUGAAAGUCGCUGCAAUGCCCUUGCCCGAUGAAACUUAUAAUGACCGUAAAGUUAUGGUACUAGUCGAGAGAGUUUUUCGCGGUCAUAAAAACCCGAAACCUGUUCAGCUGGAUUCUGUGACUUACAAGGCUGAUUAUAUGUUGAUACCCAAAGAUCAGGAGCAUUUGUAUCUUGAGAAUGCGAAAUUACCAGAGAAAAGAAUCUUGCCUAGAACAACAGAUCUUCCACCGUUACUUGCACAAAUCAUAAUGCGGCAGAUGAAGGCAAAAGGAGAGAAAGUAUCCGAGGAACCAAAAUUAUGUCUUAAGUAUAAUUUUGAGGGAGGUAGCGUUAAGAAUUACAGAUUAGCUGAAGAGGGAGAAAGUCCUACGGUGAAACUGAAUUUUAAUGUGGACGAGUCUAGUAUUUUUUUCCCAAAGUCAGAAGAAGUCACGUCUUCAUGAGAGCAUGUAUUUAAUUUAGAAGAAUAAAUAUAUUUAUUAGAAAAAUAAAUAUUUUAUAAAUAAGUUCUGAAAAGUGUAAUGCAAUAAAUUAUUUUAAGCAAAAAUAAAAAUAUAAUGAUCAGUCUAACUCUUUCAAAG